AGCUGGUCAUAAAUAGGCACGAAACAGAGCUCUUCUCCAGAAUGCGUGGCCCAACAGCACCAGAGUCAUGUUUGCUGUGGAGAUUCCUGGUGCUGCUGUGUGUUUCGGCCCAUAUAACACACAGAAGCAGCUGCUGUCCCGAGUCCUGCGCCUGUUACGCUCCAUCAGAAGUGCACUGCACAUUCAGAUACCUGAGUCAAAUACCCAGGGACAUUCAGCCAGCUGUGGAACGGAUCAACCUGGGGUACAACAGUUUAUCAACUCUUAAAGCGAACGACCUCUCUGGACUAAAAAACCUGGAACUAUUAAUGCUGCAUAGUAACAUUAUCAAGAGUGUUGAGGACAACACGUUCCUUGACCUCACAUCUCUGCAGGUUCUGAAAAUGAGUUAUAACAGAGUUGAGAAGCUUGGCAAGAACACAUUUAGAGGCCUGGACAAUCUUUUACGUCUUCAUAUGGACCAUAAUCACAUUACGUUCAUCCACCCAGAAAGUUUUUAUGGAUUGAAAAUGCUGCAGUUGAUCAACCUUGAGGGAAACCUACUCCAACAGCUUCAUCCAGAUACAUUUAUAUCACUGCAGUUCAGCCAGAUUUUUAAAUGGUCAUCUCUCAAGACCAUUUACUUGUCAGACAAUGCUUUAACCACAUUGCCUGCAACUAUAUUUGCUGGCUGCUACAAUAUUGAGAAUCUCUUCCUUAGUGGAAACCCCUGGUCAUGUGAUUGUCGGAUGGGUUGGCUUGUCCAGUGGAUAGAGAAACACCCAGGUGUUCUAAAAUGCAAAAGAGACAGGAAGUUUAUAAAAGAACAGUGUCCCAUCUGUGAAUUCCCAAUUUCCUCCAGAGGAAGCAGCAUUGCGCAUUUGCAAAGUGAAAGCUACACAUGCACCAGACCAUGGAUUCAUCCUCAUUUAAAACAGAGGAAUUUUACCUUGGGUGAUGGUGACUAUACCUUAGUCUCUCCUAAGGAUUUUGUUGCACCCAUUGGGACUUUGGAAAUGAACAUCACAGAUCAAUUCCACAAUGAUGCUAGGAUAGCAUGUGUUGUGCAGAGACCUACAGGAAUGGAAAACUUUACUGCAACCUUUCGACAGAAUGGCAAAGAUUUAACUGCCCUGAGUGCAAUUGUUUCUACAUCGCUGAUCUGCAACAUUGAUUAUGAUAAUAUACGCAAGAUUUGGAACAUUUUGGCUACCUAUAGCGAUUCCCCGAUGAGACUUGAGCGAGGAUUAUUACUUUCUUUUAAACCAGAUACAGUUUACACAUACAAACAACUACUACCCACUGCAGAUGAUAUUUUUACAGAAAUUGAAGCAAAAAUCAAAGCCAAUCCUGAAUGGUUAAUGCAAGGUACAGUCCUGCUACAGCUGGACCGUGUUAAAACAACAUUCCCGACCCUUACUAUGAAGUAUUUAUCCAAUGUUCAAAUAGAUGUUGACAGCAGUAAGGAUAGUAGAGUCCAGUAUAGCUGGGCAAUGAUAAGAAGGGACAACCAGACCAGAACUGAACAAAUAGUCCUUGCUGGUAGUGUGACUGAAUUGAAUUGCCAGACUGUUGGGGAUCCUAAACCCAUUGUUGAAUGGAUUCUACCAGAUGGAAGUAAAUUACGUGCACCAUACAACAGUGAGGAUCAAAGGAUCGUAGUAACUUAUGAAGGAAGGCUUACUUUAAAAUCGGUUGAAAUCUCAGAUACAGGUGUCUAUCAGUGCAUUACAACUAACUACCAGGAAGCAGAUGUUCUUGCCUUCAGGGUAACUGUGCUUCCCCUGGAUCCUGAAGAAGAAGAGAUUAAUGGUAUCAGAGUCUCACAUACCCUUGGUCAGAACCUACUUCUUGAUUGUACAUCAGCCAGUAAUCCACAGGCUUCCAUUCAGUGGAUACUUCCCGACCACACAGUUUUAGACAAAUCCUAUGGAAACAGAGAGCUCUACAAAAAUGGGACUUUGGUAAUACAUGGACUGACAUCCAGAGACACAGGGUUUUACAGAUGUUUAGCUGGAAAUUUUCUAGGAGCAGAUAUGAUAGUUUCUCAAGUAACUAUUCUUGAUGAUUUGUCAAAUGGCACGAUGCCAACUUAUGUAAAGGAAUCUGAUGAUCAUGUUGUACAAAUUAUUGAUGAUAGCCAGAAACUUGGAAGUAGGUAUCUCUCACAAAGGGUUAGUGAGGAGUCAAGGAGCAUUACCUCAGGGAGACCAUACAAUUGGCUAGAGUCCAGAUUCCAUAAGGUUCCCACUGUUAGAAUAGGGAAUAGAGGGAACUCUAGAAGAGUCUUUAAUAAAAAGUACAAGAAAGAAGGUGCCACUUUCAUCGAUAAUUCUCAAAUUAAAGGAGGAACUAAAAAGACGGUCAGUUUAGAUGUGUCUAAAACACUUAAAGAAUCCUCUGAUGACAAUUACACAACCUCAGGGGAUGGUAUAUCUGAAGAUGAAUUUAUUGUAAUGACAACUACUCAAACACUUGAGCAUAAACCAGUUAGCACCAUUACAACCACAGAUAUUAAAAUCUCAGCGACUUACAAAACUGUCAACAGUGCUUUCAUUGAAGUAAUAUCUAAUAAAACUAGAAACAUCUUAAGAGCAAAAGAAAAAACUAAUUUGGUUGCAGCAACAUCAGACACUCUGACUCAGACACCUGCCUCCCCGAUUACAGCCAGUUACACUUUGAGUAAUUAUGGGACUCAAAAAGAUGAGACAACCCUGAAUACAACCAAGUCAGAUUAUAUGUUAAGUCAUAUUGAUGGUAAAACCCUAAUAUAUGAGAGAGCAACAAAUAGACCCUUAGGGAAACUCAUUACUCUCAAACCUUUUCUGACAGAAGUUACAGAGCUUCUGUUCUCUGGGGACUCAGAAGAUGUUACUUCUAGAGCUACACCACUUUACAACUUCCAGGGCCCAAAUGUCACCUAUUUUGAACCAAAGAGUCAGGCCAUAUUAACAGCAGUCACCACAACCGAGGAAGACAGAGAAAAGAUCACAUUUCAGACCACUCAAAGAAUCAAGUCAGAGCUCCUUCCUGGGUCCACCAUCAUUUCCAAACACCAGAUCCAAAUUGUUCCAUCCAAAAGGAUGCAAUCAGGAAAGAGACGUAAAUUUAAUGGCAGACGUAGGAUCGUUCGGCCCAGCAAAAUUACAGACAUACAAUCUUUACUUGAUAAAUUUAAACAUCUUUCUAUAAACAAGGAAUACAAUCUCACAUUUUCACACACUGUGGACAAAAUUACAAAUUGUGGCUAUGGGAAAAGGGUUACAUCUGGAGUGUCUACAGAUAAAUGCACAACAUCAGUGGAUCAAAGCCUGGUCAACCCUACAUCUAGGCAUCACAUGCCAACGUCCUCUUUUAGAAUGACAGAAAAGCCUGCCAUGGCAACUGAUUUGUCAGUCUCUGGAAAGACUUACACUGUCACUGAUUCACAAAUGGACACCAUUUCUGUAGAGUCCAGUGAUUAUAAAAGUUAUUUCAAUACAAUAGAGAAAGAACUAACUUUCACAACUACAACAACAUCCCCAUACAUGAUGUCUUCUAAAAUUACACAUGGGAAGAUUCCAUGGCAUAGACCAUUUGGACAAAAGGGGGAACUGAAAGAAACCCUCAGAAAGCAUCAAAACCCAUUCACGUUGUCCACUAAUGAGGAGCAGAUGACCUCAGCAUCCAAAGUAGAAACUUACAAGGAAAUAACUGCAGUACCUACUACAGAACUGCAUCCUACACAUAUUAUAGCCUCUCCUCCAGCGACAAGACACAAUAUCAAUACUCCAGAGACAUCAUUUGAUGACUCAUCAGGUUCUUCCUCUUUUACAGAAACACUUUUCUCUGACAAUAUUGUAACACCAUCUACAACACCUGAGUUUUUCAGUUUUCCAGCCUUCCAUGAGCUGUCCACAACCACAGAGUCAAUACGGGUUUCUCACACUCUAGCAGUCCCACCAACAAUGAGGACUGCAUUAAAGCAAAACACUGGUCAGAAUAACUUAUCAGGUUCUCAAACUGGAUUGUGGGGAAACCAAAAGCCUGGUUAUCACAGACGAGGCUCCAGAGGGAGAAAGCCCAUAAAAAAAGCAACCACAAAACCUCCAAUUAUCAAAGUGACUAAAACCGCUGACAAAUUGACCACAACCAGAGUGAACACAAAUAUGAGGAAUGCCCCAGAAAGAGGUUGGAGAUAUACCACACAGAGCACCACGAUCAGAGUUCAGCCAACCACACAUGAACAGAAAUACAAGGAUUGUUUAGAAUGUCCUAAGCCAAAUACCUCUGGUAUUCCUCUGAGCAGAACAGUUACUUCAGACACAAUGACUGAUUCAACUGCCAACAUGUUCACUCCAUUUCCAUACAGCAGUAGUACUGAAAAUGCACAUGAUAACACAAGGCAUGAUACCUCCUCUAUUAGGGAUAUUACCUCCAAGCCAAGGAUUAAUGGUGGAAAAGCUGCCAGUUUUACUGUUCUGUCAAACUCUGAUGCGUUCCUCCCCUGCAAGGCCACUGGCAACCCUGAGCCCAUCAUCAGCUGGAACCGAUUCUCUUCUACCACAGGUAAUAUGUUGACCAUCAAGGGGAAAAUGGGUAAAUUUGAAGUUUUGAAGAAUGGAACAUUGCUCAUCCAAAGAACAAACAUUAAAGACCAUGGACAGUACAUAUGUUUUGCCCAGAACGAGUAUGGUUCUGACAAGCUUGUAGUUACAUUGUCAGUUGUGGCCUAUCCCACCCGGAUAUUGGAGAAAAAGAUGAGAGAAAUCAAGGUUCUUGCUGGGAAAACUGUACACAUGGAUUGCAGGACAGAAGGCAGACCAGUGCCCACUGUGUCAUGGAUUCUACCUAACCACACUGAAGUUAAAGGUCUGAACACUGAGCAUGACAGAAUAACAGUAACCACAAUGGGGACACUAACCAUUCAAAAGGUGUCGGUUUUAGAUCGUGGACAUUAUAAGUGUAUUGCAAGUAAUCCAGCUGGUACUGCCACUGCCACUGUCCAUCUUCAUGUGGUAGCAGCACCGCCAGUAAUACUGGAAGAGAAGCGACAGCUGGUGAAAGCUGAUACUGGGCAGAAUCUCUUUUUUCCAUGUACCACUUAUGGUGACCCGCAACCCACAACACACUGGAUUUUACAUGAUGGCAGGAUAAUAUGGCCUCUAACUUCCUCACACAGCAAAGUUUCAGUUUUUGUAAAUGGUACACUUUACCUCAGGAACGUAGAAAUAACUGAAAGUGGAAAAUAUGAGUGUAUUGCAACAAGCUCUAAUGGAUCAGAACGGCGUGUUGUCACACUUUCUGUGAAGACAACAGAAACUACCCCUCAGAUCAUUGAGACAUCACAAAGGCGAAAUGAUGUCAUAUAUGGUGAUCUUCUUCAUCUGAACUGCUCUGCAGUUGGGAAUCCAAAACCUCAAAUUAUUUGGAGGCUUCCUUCCAAGGCUCUUGUGGAUCAAUCGCACAGAAUGGGCAGUCGUAUCAAAGUCCUGGAAAAUGGUACCCUCAUCAUUGAAUCGGUCAAUGAAAAAGAUGCUGGGGACUUCCUUUGUGUUGCACGCAACAAAGUUGGGGAUGAUGCACAGCUAAUAAGUGUGUCAGUUUCUAUGAAGCCAGCUCGGAUUGAUCCAAACAUCUUUAGUAGGAAGCAAGUGCCUUAUGGCAAUGACCUAAAAGUGGACUGUAUGGCUGCUGGUGUCCCCAUGCCAGAGAUAUCUUGGGGACUUCCUGAUGGUACCUUGGUGAAUGGUGCCCUGCAAGCAGAUGGAACAGAAGGGGAUCAGUUCAAACGGUACAUAUUGUUUAAUAAUGGAACACUGUACCUGAAUAAAGUGGGUACUGAUGAGGAAGGUGACUAUACCUGUUAUGCUGAAAACAAACUGGGUAAGGACAAAAUGCAUGUUCACAUAAGUGUGGUAACUGCAGUGCCUCGCAUUGAACGCCCUAAGCUCUCCUAUGCCAAAGUGAAGCCUGGUGGAAACGUUCUAUUUGACUGUAAGGCUAUAGGUGAGCCCAAGCCAAAGGUCCUUUGGAUGCUCCCUUCCAAAGACAUGAUUGCUGCAUCUAAUGAGCGUUAUUUAGUGCAUGCUAAUGGUUCCCUUGAUAUACGAAAUGUUAAAUUAGUUGAUUCUGGAGAGUAUAUCUGCAUGGCUCGGAAUGCUGCAGGUGAGGACAAUAAAGUAUACAAGCUGGAUAUUGAUGGUAACCCACCCAUCAUCAAUGGCUUCAAACAAAAUAAAACUGUGAUGAAAGAUACAGCGAUCAAACAUACUAGAAAACUAAUAGACUGCAAGGCUGAAGGGAAUCCAGCACCAAAGAUCACAUGGAUCAUGCCUGACAAUAUAUUUCUUACUGCUCCAUAUUAUGGUAGCAGGAUUAAUGUCCAUCACAAUGGUACACUAGAGAUCCGUAAUGUUCGGCCGUCAGAUACAGCAGAAUUUAUUUGUAUGGCUCAGAAUAAUGGAGGUGAAGCAGUCAUGGUGGUUCAACUGGAAGUGACCGACAAGCUCAGGAGGCCCAUUUUUAAGAACCCAUUUAAUGAGAGAGUGGUGACUCGGGUCGGGAGAACUGCAAUGCUAAACUGUUCUGCUGAUGGGCAACCCACACCUGAGAUCAUAUGGACACUACCCAAUAGAACUCGGUUCAGUGGAGAACCUGGGUUUGAGGGCUCACGGUAUCAUCUGGGUAAGGAUGGCAUGUUUGUUAUUUAUAACUCCAGCAUAGAGGACACUGGUAAAUACCGCUGUGCUGCAAAAAACAAAAUGGGCUAUAUUGAGAAGCUGGUUGUUUUUGAGGUGAUUCAACAGCCUUAUAUUCUAACACGGCCAAAGGGGGUUAUCCAAGGUAUUUCUGGAGAGACCCUCUUCCUACAUUGCCUGACAGAUGAAAUCCAGCCUAGUGUUUCAUGGACCACACCAGGAGGUUUUGUUCUUGCACGUCCACAGGUCAGUGGACGCUACCAUUUAAUGGACAAUGGGACAUUUGUUAUACAUGAUACAACCAUGAAUGAUCGUGGGAAUUAUGUGUGCCGAGCAAAGAAUGAUGCUGGUGAGGCAGUUCUUGCUGUGCCUGUCAUAAUUAUUGCAUAUCCACCCCGGAUCACUAAUGGGCCACCACCAACUAUGAGAGGAGUGGCUGGAGUUCCUGUUCAUCUUAAAUGCAUUGCUAAUGGAAUACCUAUACCAGAGAUAACCUGGGAGCUGCCAGAUGGGUCUGUUCUUUCUACGACUGGAAAGGAACGACCUGUAGGCAGUGAACUUCUCCAUGCACAAGGGACACUUAUCAUUCGAAAUCCCACAAGAGCACAUUCUGGUAAUUACAAGUGUAUAGCCUUUAAUUACCUGGGCAGACAUACUAGAACAACAUACAUAACAAUAAUAUAAGUAGGGUCAUGACUUCAUGACUUUACCACUAUGACUAUUCAAAAGGAAUAGCCUGCCAGGUCGUGUGAAGGUAGACAAAACAUGGGUAAUUAUGCUGUAUGGGAGGAAAACAAAGAACUGUGAGGAUUCCAUUCUAUAAU